UUUUUUUUUUUUUAUUCACUCCAUUUUAUCACUACUUAUUACUAUUAUCACCAUUAUUACUACUACUAUUAUCAUCGUUACAUUACAACAAUGAGACGUCUUGUCUUUGGGCGAUUCUCUUUUUGUCGAUGGCUAUUUUACUAUUUCAUACUAUGUCUUAUUAUAGUACCUUUUAUAGUAUCUUCACCAUUACCUUCUAUUGAUGAUAAUGAAAAACCUUCUUCUAUUAUUCUAUCAACCACUAGUCACAAUGCUUUAGAAUCGACAAACUCUUCUCAUUCUUCUCAACAAACAUACAAUGAUAAAAUGGAAAUGACAAAUACAGCCAAUAAAACAAGUGGGAACAAUGACGACAGUCUAGAAGAACAAUUGAAAGACGAUCAAGUGGCCUUGAAACGAAUGGUGACUAUUCUAUCUUUGGUAGGAGGGCUUGGUGCUGUGGCAGUAGUGACAACCAUUGUGAUUUUUACCAGAAUGCGGAAACGGAAGCAUCGAAUCAACAAAACAUCUAACAAUUUUGAUGAUGAUGAUAAAUCGAUAUUAAGUCAACACCAUCAACAAAGCAACAACAGCAACAAUGAUGAUGAUGAUGAUAAUGAUAACAACAAUAUCAACACUACUACGAACGAAAGUUUGGAAGAUAAUACAGGGAAUGAAACAUCAAUUCGACCUGAAAACAAUACCAACAACAAUCAGCAAGCAAAUAUACCAUCAACGUCAAAUGAAAGAAGAAGAGUAGACAUGAUUAUACCACAACCAUCAGCACCUCCCACUACUAUGACAUCUCCACCCUCUAGUCUCGGAACUUGCCACCAUAGACGAAUAUUCUCCUUAUCAUUACAACAGUCUACUCCUGAACCAUCAGCACCUUCAGCAAAAGAAUUGGCUAGUCAUCAAAAUAUAAGCAACGAACCUACUUGCACCUAUUGUGAUCAAACUCAACAACACUACCACCAUGAUGAUGACGCCUCUUUGAAUAAUUCAGUAUUGAUGUCGACACCAGAUUUACCGCCACCUGCCUACACACCUAGUGCUCCACCUUUGUACAAUAGAAUGCAUGAAAAUCAGUGGAAUGGAUAAUACUGUUGAUAUAUCAUGACUAACUUUUGCAACAAACCAACGAUUAUCAAGAUGGAUGGGACUUUACCAUUGUUAGUUAGUUAAUUAUUGGUUGAAUUCUGUAAAAGUGGGACUGGUUUCUCUCUUUUUCUAUUUUAUAUCAUCCUUUAGUAUAUUUCCUUUUUGUACUUCAAUUGUUAUUAUAUCUCUCUCUUACUGUAUACCUUUUUUUUUCUUCUUCUUCUAUAUAUCCAUAAUAAAACUAUAUAUAUUUUGAUAUAUAUAUAUAUUUAUCUA